AUGGCGCCUAAUAAAGUCCGACCAUUCACGCUGGCGGUUCCCCAGCAGGACUUGGAUACACUGCGCAAGAAGCUUGACCUGGCGACGUUUCCCGAAGAAGUGAGUUUCUCAGAUGUCGGUAAAUACGGCGCUCCCCGAUCCGAAAUAAAGCGACUUGCCGAGUACUGGCGGAACGGGUUCGACUGGCGCGCGCAAGAGGCCGAGAUCAACAAGCUGCCUCAGUUCACCACAACCGUCAACGUCGACGGCUUCGGCGACCUCGACAUUCACUUUAUUCAUCAGCGCAGCUCUCGACCAGACAGCAUCCCUCUGCUGUUCUCUCAUGGCUGGCCCGGAAGUUUUCUCGAAGUGGUAAAAAUACUGCCUCUCUUGGCCAAUCCCGAAAACGGGCCGUCGUUUCAUGUCGUCGCUCCCUCGUUGCCCAAUUAUGGCUUUUCAGACAAGGUCAAGGGCGAAGGCUUUAGCAUCUCCCAAUACGCAGAGGCGCUCCAUAAAGUCAUGUUGAAUCUGGGCUACGACAAAUACGCCACCCAGGGUGGUGAUUGGGGGUUCUUCACCACGCGUUCUAUUGGCGCACAGUUUCCUGAACACUGCCUGGCAUCGCACGUCAACAUGCAAAUGAUCCAGCCUUCCAUCUCAUCCACCGGAUGGUUUGGCUUGUACAAGCUGCUGGGCUGGUUCAACAAGCAAGAAACUGAGGGCCUGGCGCGGUUCGGCUGGUACCUGAAAGAAGGGUCUGGCUACAUGGCGGAGCAGAGCACCAAGCCCUUGACCAUUGGCUACUCCCUCGCCGACUCGCCCGUUGGACUGCUGGCGUGGAUCUACGAGAAACUCAAGGAAUGGACCGACGACUACCCAUGGACCGACGAUGAAAUCCUCACAUGGGUAUCCAUCUAUCAAUUUUCCAAGGCCGGCCCGGCAGCGAGCGUGCAGAUUUACUACGAGGCGAGGCACGCAAAGAAUGCCGACGCGCGGAAGGCUAUGAAGUACGUGGCUGUGCCGCUUGGCAUUUCGUCCUUUCCCAAGGACCUUGCUCCCUUGCCGCUGUCGUUCUGCAAGGCACUGGGUCCUGUCGUGUUUCAGAAACGCCACGAGGAGGGCGGUCACUUUGCUGCCUAUGAGAAGCCAGAGCUUCUUGUAGGAGACGUGCAAGCAAUGUUUGCAGAGGGAGGCGGUGCAUAUGAUAUCGCUAAACGGCUCAGAACCAGUGUAGAAAGCUCCCCCUAG